AUGCUCUUGCUCUCAGUAUGUGCCCUGCCCGUGCUCGCGAUAACUCUGGGCCCUUCUGUCAAAUUCCGCCCGCCCAUACCUGCAUACCUCUACGAGGACUGGUGGAACUCAGCCGUCCCCACCAUCGAUAGCACCGCGACGCAGGCCUCACUUUCCGCUUCAGGGAACGGAGAGGAGUUUGCGAGCGAUCCGUGCUUUUGGGCCACGGCGGAGCCGGAGCAGUGCGAGGACGCGUGCGAGCAAGGGGAGGAGUGUACCCUCGCGCCCAUCGGCAGCUCUGCUGCCUCCUUGGCGACGGACCCGUCGCUCAGCGCCGCAGCACCUGCCGCCGUCCAAGGGGCCUUGGAUGUCCUCAGCUCUGGCGGGGACUGGCCCUUACAACCCGUUUCGGCCGAGGCGCUCAGUCGCGCGCCCGAAGCCAUGCUCGCGACCAUGCAGUCCGACUGCGCGUGGCACCCCGAGAGCGACGAGUGCGAUGUUCCGUGA